AUCAGUUCCCACACGAAGAACCCGCACGGCGCUCGUCCAGCACACGGAGAACACGGAGGAAUUACCCUCGAUGGGAAGCUACUCGCUGUGGGAUUAAUUGCGCUAAGGUCGCGGGAGAGCAUCGGAGACUCUUGUCGGCCCUUGAUAGCAGCAGCGACUGAGAGAAUGCUCGGGGGACUGGUGUGCGGUGUUCUCGGACGGUGCGUGUGUGAGUGACGGCGGCGCUGGUCCGGUGAGCGGCUGGCCUCCCCUCUCCUCUGGUGCUGGAUGUCUCCGGGGGGGGGUCGCUCUCUACAGGCACACGCUUUAACCCGCAUUUAACUGCGCCUCGCUGAUUUUUAUUAUUUUUUUAAUUUUUUGCUGCAUAUUUUGCGGAGCGCCAUGGACAGACGACGGUUCGGAAUAGGAGUGUCGAGGGCAAAAUGUGGUUAAAUGGGACUGGAACGAGUAGACCGUGAAGAUUCUCUAACCCUAGCCCUUGAGUCCCAACCGUCUGAGAGGGUGUCGGACCUCACUGAGGCAAUCCUGGGCCGUUGGCACUAAAAUGUCCCUAAGUGGUGGCACUGCAGGCGGGAAAGGUGUGGACUCUAAUGCGGUGGACACUUACGACAGCGGGGAUGAGUGGGAUAUCGGUGUUGGAAAUCUAAUCAUUGACCUUGACGCUGACUUAGAGAAGGACAAACUUGAGAUGUCUGGCACCAAGGACGGCAUGGCGGCACCACCCAGUGCAGUGGCAGCAUUGCCUGACAACAUACGGUUUGUUAGUCCAGUGUCUGGCUCUCAAGGCAAAGAGAGCAAAUCCAAAUACAAGCGCAGUAAGAAUUCGAAGGACAAUAGUAGCAAAGCUUCAGCUGGAGAUGUGGGUAAAAAAGAAACUACGGGACGGACUCAAGGGGAGCCAACAGGCACAGCAGCGAGUGCAGUCGCUGCUGGCAACAAUUCCACCUCUGGGAAGAACAUGGAAAAAGGGGGCAAAGCCCCCAGAGGUGUUCUCAGUGGUAAAAAAGACAAAGAAGGGGCUAGUGGGAAAAGUAAGAAAGACAAAACAGAUGGCGCCCCGGUUGUGGCAAUUGGUGUCACGGAGAAGGAUGUGUCUCAAGCCCAAGUCGCUUUGGGGAAUAGCCGUAAUGCAGCCUUUGAGAACACACAAUCAACAGACUUGGCAGAUGCCAAUCAAAUGGGGAAUAUUGCACUUGAAUCUGUUGGGAUAGUACCCGCGUUGACCACAAAAUCUGAACCAGAAGAGGUGGAAAAUGGUAACGGUGAAUGCAAGACAUUGAAGAAGGUCAAAAAUGAAAAGAUGGAAUCUCCUGUCUCCACACCAGCCCCUCCCCCCCUCCACCUCCUGGCCACAGUAGGCAACAGUGAAAUUGCCUCGCCAUGUGAGCAGAUAAUGGUGCGCACACGCUCUGUAGCGGUAAACACAUCCGAUGUUUCCCUGGCAACUGAACCCGAGUGCUUGGGGCCCUGCGAACCUGGUACCAGUGUCAAUCUUGAAGGCAUUGUAUGGCAAGAAACUGAAGACGGCAUGCUGGUGGUCAACGUUACUUGGAGAAAUAAGACCUACGUCGGCACCCUGUUGGACUGUACACGACACGACUGGGCUCCCCCUAGGUUUUGUGAAUCACCUACAAGUGAUCUGGAAAUGAGGAAUGGUCGUGGUCGAGGAAAGCGAAUGAGACCGAACAGCAACACCCCCAUGAAUGACAACAGCAACUCAUCAGACAAUAAGGGCACCACCACCAACAAGACCCGUGCCGCCUCUAACAGCAAGGGCCGGAGGGGCAGCCAAACACCAUCGGAGCGUCGUACCCCUCCAAACAGCAACACAGAGGACAUCAAGGCCAGUCCAUCUUCGGCUGGAAAACGCAAAGCCAAACCAGCCUCAGACAUGGAGCCUAAUUCCAGCUCGGAGGACACCAAAGGCAACAAACGCAUGAGAACAAACUCCAACAGUGGAGGCGUGGGGCCGACAGGUCUCCCUAUCCCCUCUGUUAAGGCUGAGCCACUUCCACCUCCCCUCGAUCGCAGCUGCCCUUCCCCGGUUCUCAUUGACUGUCCACAUCCUAACUGCAACAAGAAGUACAAGCACAUCAAUGGUCUUAAGUACCACCAAGCCCGUGCCCACAAUGAUGAUGACAUAAAGUUGGAAUUGGAUGGAGACUGUGAAUACGGAGAGGACUCGACUCUCCACCCUGAACCAGGAAACUGUAAUGGAGCGUCCAUCUCCCAGAAAGGCUGCUUAUCUCCAGCACGCUCAGUUACUCCAAAAGGCAGGAACUUUGACGCUCAAGGUUCUUCCCCAUCUCCUGGCAAGUUUGGUUCAAAGAGUAAAAAGAAAAUGGCUGAAACAGAUCCAGAAACAGGAGGCACGCCAAUGGAUGGCUGCGAGGAUGGGCCAUGUCUUACUGAUGAGACCAGUAACGACGGUAUAGACGAUAAGAGAGGAUCAGAUAAAUCUAAAAAGGCCAGUGCUGGCACGAAGGCAGAUAAACUGGCCCAGAAAAACUUGAAAUCACCUCGUCCUCUUGGCCCUGGCCCGGCAGCAUCCCAACAGAUGUAUUCAUUUCCUCCUCAAAAUCCCUCCCCAGGGCUAACACCAAUGAUACAAGGAAUCCCCAAGAGUCCCCAGAUGAAAGGCGCUCAGCCUAAACCCCCUCCUAUUGGUGAUCCCACUUCAGGUAGCUCCAAAGACAAGAAGAAGAAAGACAAAAAGAAAAAAGAUGGUGGGAAGGAUGCUGACAGCCCCAAGCCUCCAGGAAAGGGUGGGAAACUCGAGGAAGGAAAGCUUCAAUAUUCUGAACCUUGUGAUCAAGGGAAUAAGGGGGAUGGCCUCCUCAAUGGUUCCUCAGAUCCUCAUCAGAGUCGCUUGGCCAGCAUCAAGGCCGAGGCCGACAAAAUAUACAACUUUUCGGACAACGCCCCAAGUCCAUCCAUUGGCGUUGCCAGUCGAAUGGAUGGCAGCGGAAUGCCACAGCCGCUCACACCACUUCACGUGGUGAACCAGAAUGGUGCUGACAACUCUUCAGUAAAAACAAAUAGCCCGGCAUAUUCAGACAUUUCAGAUGCCGGUGAAGAUGGUGAAGGGAAACUAGAAAGCGUUAAAGUCAGGACGGAGGACCAAGCCAUCAGGGAAAGUGUUAAAAAAGCGCUCUUUCCAAACCAGACACCCAGCAAAGAUUCCCCGUACUAUCCCGGUUAUGAGACGUACUACUCCCCCAAUUACGUCAACCCCAGUCCCAGCGGGCCAAACCCAGGUGCACCAGUGGCCGAAGGGCCGGCCAAGAUCAAAAGGGACGACGAACAGGACCAAGUCGAAGAAAAAGUAAAGGUUGAAGUUCAUGAAGAUCGCAAACCUGACAUUGCUCCCGUUCCACAGCAGCAACAGCAGCAGCAGCAGCAGCAACAACAGCAACAACAACAGCAACAGCAGCAACAACAACAACAACAGCAGCAACAGCAACAGCAGCAGCAGCAGCAGCAGCAACAACAACAACAACAACAGCAGCAACAGCAACAACAACCACCCCCUCCACCACAGCCAUCAGUUAUCCAACAGCGAUCAAACAUGUACAUGCAGCCUCUCUACUACAACCAAUACGCUUAUGUGUCACCUUAUGCAUACAGUCCCGACCAAGCCUACCACUUGAUGAACACCAACCCGGCCUACAGGCAGCAGUACGAGGAGCGGCAGCGUCAGAUGGCCGAGCAGCAUCGCGCUGCCGAAAAGAAGUCCGAAGUCGUCAUGAAAGAAAGAGAAGCCUCCAUAAAGGAGGAGUGGAAACAAAAGAACCCAAUGCCCCCUAGCCUUUCCAAAGCCCCAAGUCAGUCAGACCUUGGAAAGCUGCAGCAGCCUCAAAGCAAAUCCAGGGACUCGCCCUCUGAACCUUCCUCAAAAUCCAUGGGAAACAUAAAGGGGGAUGACCCCAAGUCCCAGCAAGCUGAGGGGUUAAAAAUGAAGCUGACUGAAGGGGGUCACCAUGGAAAGGAAGAGUCCAUGCAAGUGCUGGAGUCCAGAGGACAGGGGGGAAUGGAGCAGGCCAUUUGGUACAGACAGUAUCCUGAGAGUCAGAAGCCCCAAGCAGAAGAUGAACACCAGCAACAACAACUUAGAAGGAAAGAUGAAAGGGACCGGGAGCGUAAGCUAAAGGAGGAUAGGCCCAGGCCAAAGGACAGUCAGAGUGGACCUAAGGAGGACGGCAAAGAGGGUAGUGAUCCCAGAAUUAUUUCUGAGGAGCAUCGAGCCAUGAGCAAAGACUCUCGUUCAAACCCCCACAUGCAGUUCACGUCACCACUACCGCAACACCAAGGCUACAUGCCCUACAUGCACGGUUAUCCCUACGGACAAGGCUAUGACCCCAACCACCCCGGGUACAGGGGCAUGCCCUCGGUCAUGAUGCAGAAUUAUGCAGGUUCUUAUCUACCCGGAGGUUAUCCGUUUUCUCCAUAUGGGAGUAAAAUGGGUGGAGGAGAGGAAGGCAGCGAGAAGUCUCGGGCUAGCCCUACUGUGACCAAGACGGCAACCGACUCCAAAGCCCUGGAUAUCCUGCAUCAGCACGCCAGCCAGUACAAGAGUAAAUCCCCAACGGUGGGCGACAAACCUCCCCACGACAGGGAGAGGGAGCAGGAGCGGGGACCUGCUGGAGACAGAGACCGGGAAAGGGAGCGAGAACGGGACAGAGAGAGAGACGUAGACCGGCCGCGCUCCUCGCCCUCCCAGCGCAUCAUGCCCUCUCACCACCACCUGGGAUACCCCCUGCUCUCAGGGCAGUAUGACCUGUCUUACGCUACAGGGAAACCUGACCGUCACACCUCAACCCUGCAAAGAUUCAUGUGACUGGCUCACAUGAGAACAAGAUCUCCUGGUUGUUACCUUUUAGACAUCAGUUGAAUGGUGUUUCUAUAGUUAUUUUUUAGUUCCUGUGCCCCACGGCUAGGCAGACUGUUUUUUUUUUUUUCCUUUCUCUCAUAAAAGACCCCAAAUUCUCCAUCUGUGGACUGUAACAGGACUGACAGGAACCCAGGUUCAAAGCCAUGACUCUGCCCCAUCACGCAGAGGAAACACCGACCCGCUGAUUAUCUAGUCUUUGCACUGUCAACAAACACAAUGCAAAAAGAGACUAUUGGACUGCCAGAACAGCUUUUGUGGUUGUUUUUUUGUUUUGUUUUCCUUUUUCCUGACUGCAUUGUUUUUUGUCACGCAGAAAGAAAUUGGCAGGGGACUUUGGGAAGUUAGGUGGCUGAUGGGGGGAAGAAGAGUCGUACAAAACUAAAGACUGGCUUAUUGUAUGUCGUGAAACAACAGUAUAUCCUUAACUUGACAAAUGUUUGGCUAUAUUUUGUGGGGAGAGGGAAUAUGGCAGCAGCUGCUUUCUUCAGAGACUAAAAAGCCUGAGACAGAAGUUUUUCAUCUUCCAUCGUCAUCAGUUCCCAUCCUCUUUGAACCCUCACGUCUUGUUUCAGGGAUGUUGUCAUGUUUUGCGAAGGGACCGCACACACCUCAAAGGAGAAUAAACACUAUUCAUGUUUUCUUUUCUCAGCAGUGCUUACGUUCUCUUUCAUAUCAUCUCUGAAUGUGUCUGAUGCUGGUUUUUGGUCCUGUUUUUCCUCACAAUGAAAGGGUCACAUCUGUCUCCACACUCAAAUAGUGAAGCCACAUCAGCAAGCAACGAGUUCACGGGGCAUUGUCAUUGUUGCAUCGGGCCACCUGUGUGGGUUUUGGUGUUUUACUUUGAUUGUGCUUCUUUGGCUUUGAUUGUUUCCUGUAAACAAUGUGAAAUUUCUCUCAUGUAUUUUUCUGCUGUAAUAUAGACCUUUAUCUUACCUUUAUGUGCAUAAAUGUUUAUAUUUAUCCAAGCAUGCAACUGUUUGAAAGACUGUUUAAAUAGCUUUCAGCCUUCACAGCAUUUACCGGUAUGUGGUCAGAUUAUUACUGUUACUGUUGAGUCCCUGGACGUCUUGUGUACUUUUUAUUUGCUUCAUAGAUUUACUCGUCUUGCCUCUGAUAUUUUUUUUUUUUCCCCCCUAAUUUACUUGUACACGAGCUUGAUUUGCAUCUGCGUUCAUCCCGACAUGCUGUGUGUAUUUAGACUGGCUCCACACCGCUCAGUUACUGCCCAUUCAGUCAGAUGAAGGGAAACGCAAUAGAUCAGUGAUUUUCAGGAUAAUGUUCCCAGACGAUAUUUUUCUCGGCCCUUCACUUGCUUAUGUGGCUUCACCAUAAUACACAGGCACCUCAGACAAUUGUUAGCAUUAUUCUGUUUUUUUUAAAUCAGCCACUACCUUUUUGUUUUUGUUUUUUCCUUUUAUUGAGAUGUUGCCUGUGCAGUAACAUCAGCUUGCUCGUGCACGUGAUGGCCCAGCUGUUGCGACUUCUCAACAAACACGAACCAGCCAGAUGUUGACAGCUGAAUCUAAAUACAAAAAGAAGUGCGAGCCAGUGAAAAUGUAACGGGAAGCAACCUGAACACAGCAAAUGGAGUGAAAUAGGACCUGGAACACGCACACAUGACUGAAGUAGGAAGCCUUAAAGUUGUCCAAUGAGCUGAAAAGCAGCAAAUCGCUGCAGGCUUUCCUCUGAAUGCCAAACAGGUGGUCGUACUCUGUAAAUUCAGUCUGGUUAACUUUAAAUCGACACAAAAGGCCUCUGUCAGCAGGGCCUGUUCAACCAGAGGCCCCUCUUGGCUUUAAAUUAGCCGAGGCUUUAAGUGAAAUUCUAUCCAGAUGAUAUCCGCAUUGAUUUCAGAGGGUUCCUGUUUGACGGUGUGAGGACGGGAAAAAAAAAAGAGACAUUCUCUGCUCUGGGCUGGACGUGUUAUGGCGGGUCAUUCAAGAGAGGACAUUGUUAAAAGUGUGAGGUCACACCUUGCUGUCGUGGGUUGUGACUAGUCUUAAAGGGUUUUAAUAGGAGAAGAAAGUUGACCAUGUUGUCAUCAAAUUUAAUUUUCCAGAUUUUUGGUUUUACAAACACUUUUAUUGUUCCCAUGGUUGUAGUUUUUAUUUUCCCCCUCACGGAGUCCCCGAACCGCCGGUUAACCUCUCGUCCAACACCAUCUGAAGCUGGUUGUUAGCUCUUUGCUGAGACACUUCUCAUGUUUAAGAAACUGCAGCUCCUCAUUUUGAGAUUCUUGGACAUUCCAAGUGACCGAGUUUGCCAGUUUCUCGUCCCAUGAAAGUUUGCAAGAUGGUAUAUAUUUUGACUUAGCACUCAUUUUAAAGAAUGGCUGACAUGAAUAAGCUGAAUGUGGUGGUGUGUGACUUGUACUUAAUCUGUAAGGGUAAUCUAGGCAGCUGUGAUGUUGUCAAUAAAGUCAGUGGGUUUUAGUACCAGCAGACUGCAUACAGUACAUAUAGUUUUAUCAGACAAUGGUUGUGACAAGUGCAUUUGUUCUCUCUCUGAGAGUAGUAAUGUUAUCUCAGUAGUAAGCAAAGCCCAGUGAAAGUCAUUUAUCCUAAAGUGUAUGAAAAGCCAGAAAAGUAACGUUUGCUAUCAACAUAUUGGAAAGUGCUUGGCUCUUGUAUUUUGCAGGACUGUAUUUGUUUCAUGGUGAAGAGUAUAUUUAUUGGCCAGCAGUUGUCUCAAUUGGUGCCUAGUCGAACAUUCUUCUGUGAAAACACAGAGACACUUGCUCGUUUGUCCUUCCCUAACCCGCCUCCUGACAAGCACCCCCCGCCCGCCCGUUACCCGUUACCCUCCCCGCGCCGCGCCCCCGCGUCCCCGCUCCCUCCACCCACACACCUUCCCCGAGCACCAGCACCGGUGCUUGCAAGGAUGUUUACAAUGUCUUCAUUUUCUUUCUGUGUGAGAAAUUCAGAACUCUUCUCCCUCUCCUCUUUCCCUUCAGGAGUUUGUGUAAAGUGUACAUUACCAUGGUUCUUUUUUAUACAAUACUCUGUAACUUGCCUUUGUAAAUUUGGGCUGGAAAAAAAAAUAAAUCUUUUUAUGAGACAAUC